AUGGGGAUCUUUUCGCGGUCCAAAAAGGACGGCAAGUCCAAGAAGAAGGGCGGCAACUCUGACCUCGACCAGCAGCCAGCCAAACCACAAUGGACAGAUGCCUGGGCUCGAUCCUGGGUCGAGCCCGAGGAGGUACACGAGCUCGUCAAGCGGUGCACCGACGAGAUCAAGACUAGAGCUCUCGACCACCCCUUCCUGCUCCUCCCUUUCCGGCCGACUUCAGAUCCCAGCGCUGUCCGCACUUUCAUACGCCAUUUCUUCGACAAUCAUGAGCUACGAGGCGAGGCACUGGUGCAGGAGCUUCGGAUGACCGAGCCGAUGGUCAUCACGGGUGUCAUAAAAUGGUGCUGGAGCCGACUGCAGGGUGGUGUGGUAGGCUGGGACGCCUACGAGCUGUUCAAAGUAGGAGAGCAAGACUCGAACAUGGCUCGCGACUCUUUCAAGACCUUCAUCCCGCUUAGUGUCGAGAAUGGCGCUCGCACAAGUAUCAUUUUCAGCUUCUUCGACCUCCUAUCGGCCAUAGCAGCACACGGCAGGGCCAACGGCUUUGGUGGUCGCAAGCUGUCUCGCAUGGCAGCCUGGUGGGCAUUUGAGCACAAAGACACAAGCAAUGGUUUUGAUGGCGGGUACAAGGAGUGGUUGAAAGCCGCCGACGCCACAAGUCACCUCUUUUUCGCGUACCUUCGAACGCUCGGUCCUGCACAACAGGGUCCUGGGACCAUCUCCAUGCUGCCGAGGUCUCUGCAGUCGCUGCUCCAGGAUACCGAAUACCCACCAAAGCGACCGAUCCUGAUGCAGGCAUCCACCUUCAAAGUGGUGAUGAUUGUCGAGUCCGUCUCGCCGACACCCUUCGCUCUGCUCCGCCGUGGAAAUCACUUCCAAUACCGAGACGACUCGUUGCAGCGCUUCUCCGCAUACGAGGAUCCCGUCGCAGCUUUGACGGAGGAGUGUCAUAGAGUACUGAGAGCGAUUGCUGCCGCCAAUCAGACUCAGGCCGUCUCCAGCGCAAAACACUCUACAAGCUUGCGAGAUGCUUCCUGGUCACGAUUUGAAGACAUAGGUUUCCAGAGCACCUUGGAUGACGAUGACGACGAUAUGUUGUCCGCACCUGCACCACAGCCCAUUACAGGAUUGAGAACGACCCCGGCUUCGGGCGUUAAUAGAGGCGGAAGACCUACAACGCCGUCCUGGGCCGACUUCCUGUCGUCUGGAUUUGUUGACGACCGUGCCACCAGUCCUACGAGUCUCCUGCCCCCAGACAAGGUGCUUCCUCCGAUCGACACGACCGUACGACAACAAUCUGCCCAAUCACACAGGCCGCGGCUGGAGUCGGGGUCCGUCGUCGAGCAAGGCGAGCUUGCGAGCAUUAACAGGGUCGACCUUGAUGAGGCCUUUUGGUGGGUGUGGAUGAACAGCCUCGCACCGGAAGAGACUGCCGAGAGAAAGUCAGCCUUCGGCCGCUGUGCAGUCAUCGAGACGAUUAUUAGGAAUGGAAGAUGGCUUGUCUUCGAGGAGGUCGUCAAGGGUGCGGCAACCGAACCCGCAGAGGGCGCGUACGUCGCGCAAAAGAAGAGCUUCUUCAGCUGGAGACGGAAGGACAAGGACAAGGAUAGCCUGUCUCGACGCAAGUCGACUGCUGGGAAGAACGUCUUGGAAAACGGCCGUCUGAAGAGCAGUGCAACGACCGGUGCAAUGAGCAAGAGCAGUCUUGGUCCCGACCAGCAGGCCAAGAUCCAAGCCGCAGCGCAACAGCUCCAGGCGAAGCAAGAGCGGGAGAGACGGCAAGCGCAGGGCAUGCCGAUCCGUCGGGGUCGUACCGACGCUGAGCUGGUGGCCGAGAAGACACAGAGUGUGAUGACGCUGCAGCCGAUGAUCAUGAAGGAAGCCUCGCCAGCGAUGAAGUGGGCAAACAAAUAUGAUAAGGACACUAUUCGUGAAGCCUAUCUGGCAAAUUCGAUGGCGGGGCGCGGCCUUGGACAGUCGACUAUGCAGUCCAACGGACUCCUAGGGAGCAGCGUGCCUGAAGAGCAAUCGCCAUCACCGCUGCCUCGUUCGCCUUCAAUGCGGUCACCCCGUGAGGAGCAACACGAGGAGCCACUGGGCUCUACCCCGGCAGCUUCAGAGAUGGGCCACAACUCCCCACUGCCCCCAUUGCCUCCUCAAGAAGAGGCGCAGAAUACCAGUUUUGAUAUGGUACGCGACAACAUGGCGUCGCCCGAGCCUGCAGAGGAAGGCAGCCCGAAGCAGCACAAGAAGCUCCACAAAGAAGAGAAGAAGGGUGGAGGCGGUUUCCGCAGGCUGUUUGGAAGGCAGAGGCGGGCUUCGAAGGUGCCAGAGAACGCACCCGCUGACAUAGCUGCCGCCCUCGCUGAGACGGACCGGGGUGCAUCAACACCGGCACCCGAAUCGCCUAUCAGGUCCGACACGCCUCAGCAAGAGACGCCUGGACAACGGACUCCUCAUCAGCAGCAACAUGUCGAGACUGCCCCUGUCACCCCAAUGUCCCCCCAGCGGCAAGAGGAAGCGCACUACGCGGAGCCGGUGUACGAGCCCUCUGCUGCGUCAGCUGAUGAUUCUCGGGUCAAUACUGCUGAUGCUGAGGAGGCGACCGAUGAGUUUUCUCGGUUCGAUCAGGGGCCGCUCGAUGAUCAGCCUGCUUUCGUCCCAGAAAGCGACGAGGAAGAUGAUGCCACCCCUCCGCCUAUCCAGCGACAUAGGUCCCCUAACCCUCAAGAGACGAGGCCCCAGACAGCGCCAGCCAUCGAGCGCUGGGCGCAGAUCCGCAAGAACGCAGCCGAGCGUGCUGCUGCAGCCCAACACACUGCAUAUGGCUCCUUGGACUGUAUCUGUACUGACACAGCGACAGGCAUUGAGUCUCGCGUUGCACGUAUCAAGGCUCGUGUCGCCGAGUUAACCAACAACAUGGAUGGUACCCAAGCUCCUGGUUCCCGCCCUCCCGUCCCUCGCUAA